AUGUUCAACGGAACGGUUGUCACGGGUGAAAAGACGAGUGUAAAAUCGUUCAAUACGCGCAAUCGUAAACUCUAUCACGCGUCGGAUCUGCGCGUGUGGUACGAUCAAGACGUAAUGGAUGCAACAAUGACCGCUCUAGAGGAGUUCCAGGAACGCGACAGCGGCUGGGCGUUGGUGCAAAUACUGUAUCUUACAGUGAAUGUGAACAAUCAUAAUUCCAUGCGCGCGCGAUGUCAGGUCCAGAUAACGCGUAAGGUUCAGUUCAAACACGCGGUAGUGAACUAUUCCGCGUACGCAAGUGUAUUGAACUUUGAUAAAAUAGAGUUUCCAAUCACAUUGCACCAAGUCGCUCGUUUUGAACGCAACAACGUGUCCGUAAACGUGUUUACGGCGGCAGAACAGGGACACGGAUACGUGCCGCUGCACUUUACGUCAAACAAGAAGAACAAGUAUGUGAAUCCAUUGUAUGUUCCUGAUCAACAAGAUAGACACGUGGGACACUUUGCAUGGAUAAAAAAUUUAUCGCGUUUGGUUAGCUCGCAAUUGAGCAAAAAGAAGACAGCGAAGUACAUAUGCGACCGAUGUCUACACUACUUCCACACAAGCAAGAAGCUAGCAAAACACAUCGUGGACUGUGAACGAUUAAAUGACAGCGCAGUUGUUCUUUCCGCUGAGGGAAAAAACCGUUUGAGAUUUAAGAAUUAUAACAAGGAACGUGUUCCAAUGGUGGUACACGCCGACUUGGAGUGCGUACUCGAGAAACAGAACAAAGAGCAGAACGCAUCGAGCGCGCACAAGUACCAAAGACACAGUGUGUUCAGCAUCGGUUACUACGUGAACUGCGCGCACAUCAACAUCGGAUACAGAUCCUAUAGAGGUGAAAACUGCGUGCAGUGGUUCGUGAAUAAACUGCACAAUCUCGCAAAACGUGCAAAGACAUUGUUUGCAAAAAACGUGCCCAUGGCAAAUUCCACACCGUUGGAAGUGAAGCGGUUUGAGAACGCCAAAUAUUGCCACGUGUGCAAACAACCGUUCGAGCAAGAUGACAAGAAGGUCUACGUUGUUCCCAUUGUGUUCUACAACUUGUCGGAGUACGACGCGCAUUUUAUUAUCAAAGAUGUGGCCACCGCUUUCAAGGUACUCGAGACAAAGACAAACAUAACUGCGUGCAAUUUGCGGUUCAUCGAUUCAUACAAAUUUCUGAGCAGAAGCUUAGAGAAGCUCGCGUCUUAUCUCGACAAGAGGGAACUGCGAGUGACUCGAACGGAAUUCAGAGAUCUCUCCGCCGAGGACUUCGAACUGCUUACGCGAAAAGUUGUGUUUCCAUACGAAUAUGUGGACAGCAUCGACAAACUGUUGGAAACCAGUCUGCCACUGCAUGAAGCGGUUUACAGUUCGCUCACCGGUGAGACCGUGACAGAGAGCGAGUACGCGCACGCGACGAAUGUAUGGCGACAAUUCAACAUCGACAAUCUGGUAUCAUACAGCAAUCUAUAUCUGAAGACUAACGUACUUUUGCUGUCCGAUGUACUUGAAAAUUUUUGUCGCGAGUUCCUCGCGAGUUACGGACUGGAUCCCGCGCACUACUACACGUUGCCCGGAUAUACAUGA